CUUAGUUCCUCUGGUGUAGAAAAUGAUAUUGAUAUUGUUGAACUAGAUGAAGAAAUCACAGUGAGGCAGUAAACUUAUCCAAAGAGAGAAAGGAACAGAUUAUAGAAAGCCUAAACAAUAGAACUGAAAUAGGAGAGAGGAUAGAGAAACCUCAUGAGCUGGAGUCAGGAUUAGAUAGUGGAAGUGAAGUCAGAAUGGAGACAGAUUCAGUUAAAAACAAUGAUUCUUGCUACUCAUCUUCAUCCGAAAACACAGAAACGGUCUUGGAUCAAACAAUUAAAGCUUCCAGGAUGCGUAAUGAUCAUGUGCAAAGAGCCCUUAAACUUGAAAUUCCUCCUAAGGGGAGAGCUAUGAACAGACUUUCCUUUGAUUCCAGCCCAUCGCCAUCUGAAAAGCGCAGGACAGACUUCAAUUCAUUUACAUUAGGCGACAGUGCCAUACCCCAACCUUUUCCAUUGCUUCUGAUUUGCAAGUUGAAGUCUCAGAAGUUGGUUCACCUCCGUUAACAACUGAUGGAACAGUUUCAUCCGGUGAGGGUGAUUCAGUUAUGUAUGAUGAGGAUGUUGACAGGGAUAUCAAUUUCGAAAAUGAAGAACAGUGGGGAGGUCCAUUUAACCUAUCAAGAGAAGAGGUGAACCGAGAAAGACUAAGAGAAUUAAAUGAUAUUAUUGAAGAGGAAUCUGUUGAAGUUGCUUCAAUCUCUCCAUCAGAACAUGAAGCCAAGAAAAGUUUGAAUGGCACAAGUUCAAUAUCUUCGAGAAUAGAUAUAACCAAGAAUGGUGCAUCCCAUCCAACAUACAUAAACUGUGAAGCUCAUCAAGGUUCCAGCAAAUGCAGGCAUGGUAAUCUAGAAACAUCGUACGAAGUUAAAAGUAUCAAAGAAUCUGGAAAGAAAGUAGAGGAAAGCCAACCUUCAAAGUAUAUUGAAGAAGAUACUCGAACCUUAACUGAGCAUAACACUAGAGAUGCACCUAGUGCAGUUCAAAGCAUAGGCAACUUAAAAUCUGUUCCAGAUACUAAAGUUGAUCAAGAUGCUGCAGAGAACAAUACACUGGAACGAAGAUUGCGUGAUUCUAUUGCAAGGGCUCUAAAUCGAAGAUUGAUUCUUGAAAAAGUUUCCGUUAGCUCAUCUUCAUCUCCAAGGUCUGUAUUACAAAAAAAUAUCCUGGCAUGCCCAGUUCCCAUAUCAGGAGGUGGGCGACGAAUGCAACGAAGUCUGUCACAUUAUGUUAGGGAAGAUAGAGUAAGAAGCAAUUUCGCUUAUGAACAAGCACAUGAAAAGUUAACUGCCAACAUGCCCUACAUGGCUCAUGAAUUGGUUGAGAAUUCAAUAAAUCAAUUAACCCGUAAUCGCAGUCUUGAAACAAUGGAGAUGGGUCCAUGGAAUAUCAUCGAGGAAAGCAACAUUGUCUUAAAUAUCAAUAAUUCAGCAGGCAUUGGAAAGGGAAAAGGGAAGGAGUUGUCAGCUAGUGAAGGUGAAUCCCUAUUCUUAAUCAGACCGGAAGACGCCAGCGGCUCCGAAAAAUCAAAUGAACAAGAAGCUGACAUUAACGAAACAGAAACAAUUGAAAGUGAUUAUACAAGAAUUGUUGGAAGUGCAAAAGAAAAGGAGAAAGCUAAUGAAGGUGAAUCCCUACUCUUAGUCAGACCGGAAGACAUCAGUGAACCUGAAAAAUCAAAUGAACAAGAAGCUGGUAUGAACGAAACAGAAACAAUUGAAUAUACAAGCAUUGUUGAAAGUGCAAAAGAACGAGAGAAUUCUGCAGCUGAAGUUGAUCGUAUUUGCAAGGCUAAUGAGCCCGUAGUUGAUAAUGUAACCAACAAAGAGAUAAAGAACGAUGUUCUUGAACAUGAAGGUGCUCUCCAAAUAUUAGGUAAACUAGAGGCUGUCAUUGAAACAUCAAAUACCACCAGGGAAACUAGUGCAGUAUCUGUUGAAGAUACUGAGCAUGAAUCCAAAAGAUUAGCCGAAGCUGAAGCCACUGCAGGCCAAGCAACUUUAGCAAGAGAAACAGAUAGCUUGAAUAACAUUAAUAAUGAUGCAAAGAUGCAAAAUUUGAUUGGUCAAGAAGGUGUCAUGGAUACAUCAGAAUCUGGGGAGGAUGAUCUCAAGGUCAUUGAAAGCGUCCUAAAAGUUGAUAGCAUUACAAAGGGUAUAUCUAUUGACCAUGACAUUACCGUCAAAGUAUCAAAACUAAUGGAAUCUGAAGUUAAGGCUUCCAAAAUGAUUAAACAUGACACUGGAAUUGAUCCAUCAGAAUCAGAAAAGGAUAAUGCUAAAUCAGAUGAUAUUGAAACCCUGGAACCAACAAAUUAUCCAAGGAAGAUCGUAAAAGAAGGCAACAUUGUCACAACUAUCAAUGAUUUAGCAGUCACUGAUAAAGAGGGGGAGAAGUUUACAGCUAAUAAAGGCCAAUCUCAAUUCUCAAUCAGACAGGAGGGCAUUGGGGGAUUUGAAAGAUUAAAUGAAAUGGAAGCUGAUGUCAACAAACCCGAAGCAAUUGAAAAUGAUUAUACAAACAUUGUUGAAACAGCGAUAGAAAGACAGAAUUCUGCAGCUAAAGUUGAUCAUAUUUGCAAGGCUAACGAGUCGGUAGCUGAUAAUGUAACCAACAAAGAGAUCAAUAAAGAUGUUCUUGAACGUGAAGGUGCACUCCGAAUAUUAAAUAGACUAGAGUCUUUCAUUGAGCCAUCAAAUACCACUGGGAAAAUUAGUGAAGGAUCUGUUGAAGAUACUGAACACAAAUCCAAAAGAUUAGCUGAAGCUGAAGCCAACUCCAUCCUAUCAACUUCAGCAAGUGAAACGAACAGCUCGAAUAACAUUAAAAAUGGUCAAGAGGUACAAAAUAUGACUCAUCAAGAAGGUAUCGAGGAUGCAUCACAAUCUUAA